AUGAUUUGUAUCGUAUGCACUUGGAUGUUAAGUUGUGUAGUUUUUGAAGUGAGAGCUGAAGUGAAAAGAGAUCCUAAUAUUUUUGGUAAUUGGCGAGUGGAUAGAAUUCUUAAUCUGGAAUUACCAAAAGAAUCGUUUAAGGAGAAGUUUUUUGAGAAUGUGAAAACUCAAGACUGUGGAAAUGCUGAAGUAGAAAACCCGGAGGAACUAGGUCUUCCUCUGACACCAGAAGACUUUGAAGCGGGUCAAAAAAUAUCAGAUAAGGAUUUUGCACCAGCUCCGGGAUUGGAUCCUCUGCAUUUAUCCGGGCACUUUGAGGGAGACAUUAAGAACCCAAAAUUUAUUGAAGGACGGAACGCUAUAAGAGAUAACCACAUGAAAUGGCCAGCCGGAGAAAUUCCUUACGUGAUCGCUAGAAGUUUUGAUAAAAAAGAGAGAAGUAUAAUCGCCCGAGCUAUGGAAGAGUACCACAAAGAAACCUGUAUCCGUUUUCUCCCAAGAAGUACAGAGAUUGAUUAUGUUUUCAUCACGAAAAAGGAAGGCUGUUUCUCCAUGAUCGGAAGAGACGGAGGAAAACAGUUGCUAUCGCUUGGAGACGGAUGCAUGUUCGUUGGAAUCGUCAUCCACGAGUUCAUGCAUGCAGUUGGAUUUUGGCACGAGCAAAGCAGAGCAGACAGGGAUAAUUUCGUGCAGAUUUUGUGGGAUAAUAUUCAACAAGGUCAAACCCACAACUUCGCUAAAUACACUGAUGGCCGAUUGCAUCAUCUUGGUGAACAGUACGAUUAUGAUUCGAUAAUGCACUACGGGGCCUACGACUUCACAAAAUUCCGCAACAGACCUACGAUUUUGCCUAAGCAAAGAAACGUUUUCAUUGGGCAACGAUCAGGGUUCAGCAGGACUGAUAUUAGAAAAAUCAACAAGUUGUAUAUGUGUGAUUCGGCACCAAAAGAAAGCUGUGUUGAUUCUGACAGCCAGUGCAGAGGAUGGGCAGAACUAGGAGAGUGUCAGAAGAAUCCCAGAUGGAUGCUAGUCCACUGCCGGAAAUCGUGCAACCAGUGUGGAGCUUCUGACUCGGACAAGAGAUUUGAUCAGGCAUGA